GAAGCUGCUGCUGAUGUUCUGAUUCUGUGAUGAUGGCGGAAGACUGGAGCUGUUAGAAUGAGUUUAUAAAGCUUUAUUUAAUACACAUUAGAGGAUCCGGUGUGUUAUUCAGUGUGUGUGUGAGUGUGAAGAUGUCGAGCAGUGUGGAUUAUGAGAAGAUUCCUGCUGUAGCUCUGAACUUCAGUGUGAGGAAGAGACUCGCUCUCUAUCUCAACCCCACCAACACUGUGGCUGCAGACUGGACCGACAUCGCCGAGAAGAUGGACUUCAGCUACCUGGAGAUCAAAAACCUGGAGAAGAGAGAGAACCCCACUCACAAACUGUUGGAGGAAUGGCAGACCAGACCAGGAGCCAGUGUGGGGAAGCUUCUCCUCCUCCUGGAACAAGCUGAGAGGAAAGAUAUCAUCUCUGAUCUCACAUCACUCAUCGAUGAGGACUGCAAAAAGUAUUUGGAGAGGCAAAAGGAUCUUCCGCUUCAGGUUCCGGAGGUGGACAGCGGGCACCAGGAUCGGAGCAUUACUGUACACGAUGGUGCGAUGCCGGAGAUGUUCGAUGCCUUCAUCUGCUACUGCCAGAGCGAUUUCCAGUUCGUGACGGAGAUGAUCAGGCAGCUGGAGCAGACCGUGUACAACCUGAAGCUCUGCGUGUUCGACCGUGACGUCCUGCCCGGUACCUGCGUGUGGACCAUCACCAGCGAGCUCAUCGAGAGGAGGUGUAAGAGGAUGGUCGUUAUCAUAUCAGACGAUUACCUGGACAGCGACGCCUGCGACUUUCAGACCAAAUUCGCCCUCAGUCUCUGCCCAGGCGCUCGUACCAAACGUCUAAUCCCGGUGAUCUACAAGCCCAUGAAGAGGCAGUUUCCCAGCAUCCUGCGCUUCCUGACCGUGUGCGAUUACACCCGACCCUGCACUCAGUCCUGGUUCUGGAUUCGACUGGCCAAGGCCCUGUCCCAGUCCUAAACACCCCAAAUCCACCAUCCAACCAGAAUGUGAAGUGUUUAUGUGUAUGGAGUGUUGAAGGUCUUUAAUAUUUCAUGCUUAGUUGAUUUUAGCUGCUCUGGUUUGAUACUGUGGUGUUUCACCAGUUUUAGGUGGUUUUAUUUGUCUGAAACUGUUUAUAUUGUAAUUAUAGCAAUAAUCACAGCUCAUUUCCUCUUAUCUUACACCACUAUUUUACAUGCACAUUUAUCAUUAUUGUAAAUAAUUAGAAAUGAAACCACUGCAUAGUAUUUUAUUGUCUAAACAUCUGCAAGAAAUCAGCGCUCGUCCAGCUCAUACUUUGCGAUAAUGAUGAUGAUAUAAACUGUUUUAUAUAUGUGGAACAGUGGCGCAGUGGGUAGCCCUGUCUCCUCCGGUUUCCUCCCACAGAUCCAAAACAUGCAGCCAGGUUAACUGGAGUUACUAAAAGUGCCCUAAGUGUCUGUGUGUGUGUGUGUGUGUGUGCGUGUGUGUGUCUGUGUUUGUUUGUUUGUUUGUGUGUUUGUGUUUGUGUCCUGUGAUGGACUGGUGAACUGUUCAAUGUUUCCUGCUUUUCGCCCAAAGAAUCAGACCCACUGCGACCCUGACCAGGAUAAAGUGGUAAUAAAACAGACAAUGAAUUAAUGUUUUAUAAACUAUUUUACUAGAUUUUUGUAAUUCAAAUCUAUUUUCAUACAGUAUCUGUACACUGUCUUUUGUAUCCUUUAUACAUCAAAUAAUGUAAUAAAUAUUAAUUAAUAAAAUCUUAAUAA